AUGGACCCGCAGUUGUCCUCUCAAAAUGGCGUCUUCUCACUGAUUCUACAGCGUAUGAUGCUAGAAGCGCACGCGGCUAAUGGUGCCAUCCUUCCCAACUUUGGACACGUAUAUCCAGCCGGCAAAGACAUUUCGAUGCCUUUAUUACCACUUUCUAGAGGCGAUUCAAGGGCCGGCAACGUCUCGCCAUCGUCGCAAUUAUGGCGAAAAGAUAGCGUCUGCGCACAUAAACGCCAAAAUUUGGAAAUGAAGAUAUCACUAUUGAAAAAACGAAAAGAGCAAUUGGUCGAAUCUCAGCCGAAAAGCGAAUCGUGUCCAAAAACUAACGGAAGUGCAGAGGUUGUGAGAAAAGGUUUAGUCGAUGCGCAUAACAGUGAGGUUAGUCGAGAGAGCUCGGAUGCGCAAAGUGACUGCUUACUCGACAUCGUAAAUGGCACAGAUAGCGAAAUGGAUGUUGGAAGCGAACAGGUGUUCAAGUCUCCCCAUGCUGCUGAUGUUCAUUUCAAAAAGACCCACAAAAAGCCAGCUGUAAGGCCACCAACAGACUGUGAAGAAUGUGGCAAACGAUUUGCCUCUGCAUUCCAGCUAAGAGAACACAUAUCUAUUCAACAUCUAAAGGAGCGUAACUUUGUGUGCGAAGAGUGCGGACAGAAAUUUGGAAGACGAGGAGGUGGAUUCCCUCUUUCCUAA